AUGCCCAGCGCAGUCCCUCACGUCGUACCACUUCCUGAAAUCACAACACAUCUUCGAAAACGAAAAGCCCUGCCUGCAGUAUGGAUGCGAGCAGGGACUUCCAAGGGUCUCUACCUCCAUCGGAAAGAUCUUCCCGUCCAACAGGAUGAUUGGGCGGGUGUGAUUACCCGUGUCAUGGGAUCUUAUGAUUCCGAUCCGAAACAAUUGAAUGGGAUUGGCGGGGCGACUUCUACCACUUCCAAAGUUGCUGUUGUGGCUCCUUCGAAGCGGGAGGAUGCUGAUGUUGAUUAUACGUUUGUGCAAGUUGCGCUUGGAAGUCCGAAAUUGGAUAUGACGGGAAACUGUGGUAAUAUUGCUUCGGGAGUGGGACCAUUCGCUAUAGAUGAGGGGAUUGUUGAGGUGAAACCUGGAGAGACGGAGGUACAAGUACGAGUCUUCAACACCAACACCAACGCCAUCGUGGUAGAAACAGUCAAAGUCGACAGCGACGGCCACUUUCUCGAAGACGGCGAUUGCGCACUCCCAGGUCUCCGAUCAACAGGAAGUCAAGUAGCAAUGACAUUUGCCAAACCCGCCGGUGCAAUGACAGGCAAACUCCUCCCCACGGACCGACCUUUGGAUACCAUCCUCAUCGAAAGUCCCCUGGGUUUGUUGGAACCCAUUGCUAUAUCCGUCAGCAUGAUCGAUGCCGCGAACCCCUUUUGUUUCGUGGAUGCGACUACUCUCCCGAAUUUCUUUGCGGAAAAGGGUCCUGCGGCUUCCGAAUCGAUUGAUUUCAUUGAACUUGUUCGACAGAAAGCUGCGGUGAUGAUGGGUCUUGCGGAGGAUAUCGAGACGGCUGCUCUUACUCGAGGGACUCCCAAGAUUGCUGUUUUGAAAGAACCCACGAGACGAGAUGAAGCAGAUGUAACGGACGUGGAAGUUGUGGCGUACUCGAUGGGGAAAGUGCACGGUAGCUUACAAUUGACAGGAGCCGUGUGUCUUGGAUCUGCAGCUUGUGUUCCGGGGAGUGUGGCGUAUCAACUUCGAUCGCAAUCCCGCGUGGCAAGGCCUUUGAAGAGGCAGGAUUCGGGAUUGGUGGUUGGGGUCGAGAAGGUGCAUUUGAGACAUCCGGGUGGUGAUAUGGAUGUUGAUGUGCAUUUGUCUGGGGAGGGAGAGGUUGAGGGGGUUGCGGUUUUUCGGACUGCGAGGAGGUUGUUUGAGGGCAAGGUUUAUUAUUUGCAGUAG